AUGGUUAGAGUGAAUUCCGAUGGCGGCAAAUACCCAGAGUUAUCUCUGGAGAAACUCCUAGACCGGGAAAAGCAGAGAUCUCAUCACUUGAUAUUGACUGCCUUGGACGGAGGGGACCCGCCACGAAGUGCCACCACUCAUAUAGAAAUCUGUGUCAGGGACACCAAUGAUAACCCCCCAGUGUUCAGUAAAGACGAAUACAGAAUCAGUCUUAGUGAAAAUCUGCCCCCCGGAUCCCCCGUGUUGCAGGUGACAGCCACUGACCAGGAUGAGGGGGUCAACGCAGAGAUAAACUACUACUUCCGGAGCACUGCCCAGAGCACAAGACACAUGUUCUCAUUAGAUGAGAAAACAGGCAUGAUUAAGAAUAAUCAGUCAUUGGAUUUUGAAGAUGUAGAAAGAUACACCAUGGAAUUGGAAGCAAAGGAUGGAGGUGGUCUCUCUACGCAGUGUAAAGUGAUCAUAGAAGUCCUAGAUGAAAACGACAACAGCCCGGAAAUAAUCAUCACUUCUCUCUCUGAUCAGAUUUUGGAGGAUUCCCCUCCAGGAAUGGUUGUGGCCCUCUUCAAAACACGAGACCGGGAUUUCGGAGAAAACGGAGAAGUCACGUGUAGUAUAGAAAGAGAUGUUCCUUUCAAAAUUUAUUCUUCUUCUAAUAAUUACUACAAGCUGGCGAUAGAUGGACCCUUGGACCGAGAACAGAACCCGGAAUACAAUGUCACCAUCACGGCCACCGACAGGGGCAAGCCGCCCCUUUCUUCCAGAACAAGCAUCACCCUACACAUUACCGACAUCAAUGACAACGCUCCGGUUUUCCACCAGGCGUCCUACUUGGUUCACGUGGCAGAAAACAACCCACCUGGAGUCUCCAUCGCCCAGAUUAGCGCCUCAGACCCGGACUUGGGUCCCAACGGCAGCGUCUCCUACGCAAUCGUGGCCAGUGACCUGGAGCCGCGGGUGCUGUCGUCCUACGUGUCCGUGAGCGCACAGAGCGGGGUGGUGUUCGCGCAGCGCGCCUUCGACCACGAGCAGCUGCGCGCCUUCGAGCUGACGCUGCAGGCCCGCGACCAGGGCUCGCCCGCGCUCAGCGCCAACGUGAGCCUGCGCGUGUUGGUGGGCGACCGCAACGACAACGCGCCGCGGGUGCUGUACCCGGCGCUGGGGCCCGACGGCUCGGCGCUCUUCGACACGGUGCCGCGCGCGGCGGAGCCCGGCUACCUGGUCACCAAGGUGGUGGCAGUGGACGCAGACUCGGGACACAACGCCUGGCUGUCCUACCACGUGCUGCAGGCCAGCGAGCCCGGGCUCUUCAGCCUGGGACUGCGCACUGGCGAGGUGCGUACGGUGCGUGCCUUGGGGGACAGGGACGCGGCCCGACAUCGCCUGCUGGUCGCUGUGCGUGACGGUGGACAGCCACCUCUCUCGGCCACCGCCACGCUGCACCUGGUCUUCGCGGACAGCUUGCAGGAGGUACUGCCAGAGCUCAGUGACCUCCCUGUGCCCUCUGACCCCCAGGCGGAGCUGCAGUUUUACCUGGUGGUGGCCUUGGCCUUGAUCUCCGUGCUCUUCCUCCUCGCGGUGAUUCUGGCCAUCGCCCUGCGCCUGAGACACUCCUCCAGCCCCGCCGCCUGGGGCUGCUUUCGGCCUGGUCUCUGUGUGAAAUCUGGACCCGUGGUUCCCCCCAACUACAGCGAGGGAACUUUACCUUAUUCCUACAAUCUGUGUGUUGCACAAACAGGAAAGACGGAGUUUAAUUUCCUACAAUGUAGUGAGCAGUUGAGUUCAGGACAAGACCUACUUUGUGGUGAUGCUUCUGGGGUCAUGUUUCCACUUUGUAAUUCCCGUGAGUCGACCUCCCAUCCUGAGACUCUUACACCGGUGAGUUCAAUUUUUGUGUCUCUUUAA